AUGGGGAACCUGUCGAUUCGCAUGCUCUCGAAACUACUAGUUUUGUUGUUGUUUCAUCUUGUGGUUGCAAACUUUGUAGACUCUUUGCAGCAGCUAUCUGGCCAUGCCGAGGAGAGCUCUGCCUUGCUGCAGUUCAAGGAGAGCUUUAUUAUUGACAAAUCUGCUUCACGUUCUAAAGGUGCUUAUCCAAAGGUUUCAUCAUGGAAACCAGCUAGAGGAGGAAAUAGCAGUUGCUGCUCGUGGGACGGCGUGGAGUGUGACGAGAUGACGGGUCAUGUUAUUGGCCUUGAUCUUAGCAGCAUCCCAUCUGAAGUCUCACACUUGUCCAAGUUGACAUACCUUAAUCUGCGUUCCAAUAUUCUUGAAAUUGAAACAUCUCCCGAUAAUCCUCAGCGAUUGUUGAAACUUCAACCAUCCGAUAUGAGUAGUCUGGUUCAAAAUUUAACUAGUCUAAAAACUCUUGAUCUCAGUUUCAUUAACAUAUCAUCGAUCAUACCCAUUUCCUUGACAAAUUUAUCAUUUUUAACACACCUUGCCCUCAAGAAAUGUGAUCUGUUUGGCGAAUUCCUAGUGAAAAUUUUCAGUCUACAAAACUUAGAAGUUCUUAAUGUGAGAUACGACCAAGAUCUCACUGGAUAUUUGCCCGAAUUUAAUCGAAGUAGUCCUCUCAUCUCACUGAAAGUUGAGUUUACUAGUUUUUUCGGAACCAUACCUCCUUCGAUUGAAAAGAUUAAUUCAUUGCAAAAGUUGGAUGUUGCUCAAUGCAAUUUUUCAAACUCGUUGGUUCCAUCUGCAUUUGGCAAUCUUAGACAGCUCACUUACCUAGACAUUUCAGCAAGCCGAUUUGGAGGUCCAAUUCCUGAUUCUUUGGCAAACCUUACCCAAUUGACUGUUUAUAGAUGGUGCGAAUUCUUUAACUGGUCCAAUUCCAUCUUGGCUAGGUAA